UACGUGCACAAUGAGUAUCCUUCACAAACACAUGUACGCGGACGACGCUGAAAAGGGCACCGUGCAUCCGAAGAAGCUUUCAUUAACAAACCCGUACGGCAGCGGUGCGUGCUCAUGCAACUCCCAAGCAAACGGACCAGACUUCAUAUGCCUAUGGUGUUUCCGCCGGCGAACGCAAUCAUACUAACGUGCAGCCAUGAGUGAAUUAAACGAGCAACAUGCGUCGACCAAAUCACGGCGAGGUAGACGCAAAGGGAGGACGACACAGAUUCACACCUCUACGGCUACCCAGCAAUCGCGGCAUGGAAAGCAUCAGCAUCACAGCAUCCAGCACCCAGAGACACAAGGUCUGCCCCAUACUGCACGGCCAGACGUCCAAAGCCGUGCGUCCCCAGGCCCGAUCACUCCAACUGGCAGUCCCAAGGUAGCGUUCUCAGCAGGGUUGCCAAAUCGAUUACCGUCAAACGAAUUGACAGGUCUGUUCAAUCUCCAUAACGAUACUGGGAUCAGCGAAGGAGAGCGAGUCAUAGCUCGCGAUAUUGACAUCCAGCGCAUCCAGCGGUCCAUGCAGAUUCUAGGCUACGACCUUGACCGCGGGAACGAGGCAAUGACGGAGUAUCUUGUUCCGUUUUGGUCGACAAAGGUUGACCCAAUCAAACGGUUCGAGGCGUUGACGAAGCUUUUCCAUGAGGAAAUGGACAGGCUGUUGCCGUUUAUGGAGGAGAGGGCCGACAAUGCCGCCGGUCAUAUACUUUGCUGCGCAGGCGCGAGCAAGUCAUCCCACGUCUAGCGGUGGGGGUUGUGCCUGAGCUAGAAGCACUGGUAAAAAGGGUGAGGACGGAGGUUGUGAGAUUAGUGGAGGACGGGCUUUCCUACAGAAUGUAGACGGGAUGCAACUAUGUCCGAUUGGCAGAGAUAUGAAGUGAGGAUCAAGUCGUGUUGGUUUACCCGCGUUUCCGUGGACGUGCCACCAGACGAAUUCUUUCGCCCAUUGACAGAGUGUUUGGGUGCAAUAAAACAGAUCUGAUAGCGAGUGGCGGACAACAAGCUUCUACCGAAGCGAUGGUGUGUUGGUAACCUGAAGCUGAAUGCAACACCAUUGAGGUUGAUUCAU